GGCCACUCGCAACGAAAAUUGCGCCGCGCUCAUUUAUAGUCCAUUGCGCCACUCAUGACAUGCGUUACGCGUAAUGGCGGGUGGGCUGCGCUUGCCCCGCCGGAAGAGAUGGAGCGGUGGCAUGACAAUAUCGGGAGACCCUACAAAGGCAGCAAACAUCGAUCUUCCAUCAUCACGCCCACUCCCAUCUCAUCAUCAUUCACGGAAUUCCUUUGAGAAAAUGGCGGCAACAAUGCGAGCGUGGCAGUUCAAGAAUGCCCGCGGCGGCCUGGAAAAGAACCUGUUCCUCCCAGCCGCCGGUACGUCCAAACCGCAUAUCACCGACAGCCAGAUCCUAGUCGAAGUCCACAGCGCAGCGCUCAAUCCCGCCGACUACAAAUUCCCUGAGAUGGGAAUGGUCACUAAAGCUCUCAUACCGAUACCGGCUAUUUCUACGCCGGGCAUGGAUUUUUGCGGCAAGGUUGCCGAGAAAGGAAGCAAGGUCGACUCUUUCCGCGUCGGUGAGAUGGUGUUUGGAUCGUACAUUGGCACCUUUGGCCACGGAUCGCUGGCUGAGUACAUUGCUGUCUCGAAAGAAAUGAUUGCCCCAAUGCCGGAUGGAAUGCAGGUAGACGACAUGGCUGGAGUGGGGUGCACGGGACUGACCAUGUAUCAAUCCAUCAAGCCUUAUGUCAAAGAGGGCGACAAGAUCUUCAUCAAUGGAGGCUCAGGCGGCACCGGCGUAUUCGGGAUCCAGAUCGCCAAAGCUCUCGGCUGUCAUGUAACGACUUCCUGCUCGGGCGCCAACGUCGAGCUUUGCAAGGGCCUCGGAGCGGAUGAAGUCCUAGAUUACAAAUCGGUUGAUGUAGUCACAGCGUUGAAAGAGAAGGGUCAGGUCUUCAGCCUCGUCGUCGACAAUGCCGGAUCGCCUCGAGACUUCUACAAAGUCUCGCACAACUUCCUCGUGCCUACUGGCACGUUUGUCCAAGUCAGCGGUCCCGCUGGCUUUGGCGGUUUCCUCAAUGUCGCCAGCAACAUGCUGCUUCCAGGGUUUCUUGGUGGCGGAAAAAGAAAAUACCAUAUGAUGAUGGUUAAGAACAAUGCCGAAAACCUGGCCCAGCUGGGAAAGUGGAUGCAGGAGGGGAAGGUCCGCCCGAUUCUGGACUCAGUGUUCGAGUUUGAUGAUGUUCCCAAGGCUUUUGAGAAGCUCAAGACAGGAAGAGCGAAGGGCAAGAUUGUGGUACAUGUCAAGAAGGAGUAGAUGAAAAAGGGCAGAGUGCAGGGGUAUCUGGUAGCGAGAUUGAAAUGGAUACGCGCCAUGGCCGAUUAUCUUUCCUUCUAUUUCACCCACUUCCUGAAUGUCGUUCAUUUUGUAAACAAAGUUUGUGGAGCUUUCCUUCGGCAGUAGGGGGUAACGAGGACACUCUCAGGUAAUAC